AUAAAAUGACAUCUACCACAAUGGUAACCACUCUCGACUUGGUCACACCAACAUCAGAAGAACAACCGGGUCCUGCACCGGAGUCCUCCGACUUCUCUACAGUAGUCCUGAGUCCGGAUGGGUCGGAGCUUGUGACACAAAGUGCUCCAAACACACCGAUACAGCAUCGGGAGCAGGCGAACGCGGAGUUCGGACAGAAAGAAGGAUCCCCAGAUCCCAAAAAUAUGGUGGCUGCGACCGGGAACGCGUCGAAACCCAGCCUGAACAGCUUCUACGCAGAUGGGCUCGGACAGCUUAGGAAUGGGCUCUUUUCGUGUUUUCAGCCAGUUUUUGGAUAUUUCGGGACUAAAACUACAGUUGAAAUUGAAAAAUCCGAGGAUGAACUAUGGGAGAUCCCAUUCGACGCUAUCUCCGAACUUGAAUGGCUGGGCUCCGGGAGCCAGGGAGCAGUGUUUCGUGGUCAGCUGGAAAACCGAACUGUCGCUGUGAAAAAGGUCAAUCAACUGAAGGAGACCGAGAUCAAGCAUCUUCGACAUCUCCGUCACCAGAAUAUCAUUGAAUUUCUCGGAGUUUGCUCAAAGAGCCCGUGCUACUGUAUAGUGAUGGAAUAUUGCUCAAAAGGACAACUAUGUACUGUAUUGAAGUCAAGAAAUACAAUAACCCGAGAACUUUUUGCUCAAUGGGUUAAGGAAAUUGCUGAUGGAAUGCACUAUUUGCAUCAGAACAAAGUGAUCCACAGGGAUCUCAAAUCGCCCAAUAUUCUAAUCUCCGCUGAAGAUUCAAUUAAAAUUUGUGAUUUUGGAACGUCUCAUAUGCAAAAGAAAAUGGAUAGUACUAUGAUGUCAUUCUGUGGAACUGUUAGCUGGAUGGCCCCAGAAAUGAUAAAAAAACAGCCAUGCAACGAAAAAGUCGACGUCUACUCAUUUGGAGUUGUGCUCUGGGAGAUGCUCACCAGAGAGACGCCAUACGCAAAUAUUGCUCAGAUGGCAAUCAUUUUUGGUGUUGGAACAAACAUUCUGAGCCUUCCAAUGCCAGAAGAAGCUCCGAAAGGUCUUGUACUUCUCAUCAAGCAAUGUCUAUCUCAAAAAGGUCGCAAUCGUCCCUCAUUCUCCCACAUCCGACAACACUGGGAGAUCUUCAAGCCGGAACUUUUCGAAAUGACUGAAGAGGAGUGGCAGUUGGCAUGGGAUUCUUACAGAGAGUUCGCGAAAUGUAUACAGUAUCCGUCUACAGUAACCAGGGAUCAUGGUGGACCGAAAAGCGCAUUUGCGAUGGAGGAGGAAAUACAGAGGAAGCGGCAUGAGCAAUUGAAUCAUAUUAAGGACAUCCGAAAUAUGUACGAGAUGAAGCUUAAACGAACCAACAAAAUGUAUGACAAACUCCAAGGCUGCUUCACAGAGCUGAAACUCAAGGAAAGUGAGCUCGCCGAGUGGGAAAAAGAUCUGACUGAACGGGAGCAGUGGCACAAUCAGAACAGCCCGAAGGCAGUGGCGGCUCCGCGAGCACAGCUACGUGGAUACCCGAAUGAGGGAUAUGAUGAUAUGUCGUCUGACGAAGAUGUUCAACCGUGCCGAGGAUCUCCGUAUAGGUGCUCCAAUACGAGCUCCUCGUCAGGAGUUCAGAGCUCUCCGUUCUCAAGGCAAAGCUCGAGCCGGAGCAGUGCUGGACAGCAAACGAGGAGAAGCGAGGGAGCGAAUCCGCCAAAAAUCCUACGCAACGACGCCAUACGUCAUUCAGGGUCCUACUGGGAGACGCUGGGUGGGGCCCGUGGAUCACCGGCCAGGGAUUCCGGAUUUUCUCAGGAUUCCGGGAUGUGGAGCGCUGGAGCCGGUAGCUGCACAGCUAUUAAUGGUGGAGGACAACAGGUUUGCUACUCCCAAACUCUGUACCGUAACGGUGACGGUCGCUGGUCGGACGGGCGCAUAGCUUCACGUCGGAGGGUCUCCACGUCAGUCAACAAGUCAACUGCAGUCCCCGGACAGCCCGUCUUCUUUACACGUGACAGCCCGUCACGUGUCCCACACGGUGUGAUCAGUUGCUCCUCUCCCCGUUCAAGCUCAAAGCUCAACCGUUCAUCCUAUCCAUCUCGAAAUGCUCCUCACCAGCUCGAAGACGGCUGCUGCUGUGCUCACGCCCGUGCUCCGCGAGCAAAAUCAAUUGCUGUGCCGAUGACGUCAUCAUCUAGAGCCCGGAGCCCAACUCCAUAUGACAAUGAUUUUGAAAAUGCCGAGAGCUUCGUGGAUCCGGAAUCUCCGAAAAAUUUGAAAAAUUUGGAAAAAAUCGUAAACUUGCCAGAGUCCACGUCCUACGACGAGGCUUUAUGCAAUAGUGAUGUGACAAUGAACCCGAUUUACACGUCACCAAUCACCACCUACAGUAACCCGUGCCACGUGGAGCUGGUGGACGAGGAAAACGCAAAUGACGUGGAUCUGACGUCAUCGAUGGAUUCCCGACGAUCCCGCUCCGACGAUGCUGAUGUUGAAUCUUCGGAAGAAGAUGAGGGAAAUGGAAAUAAUAUUCUGAAUACUUCUAUGGAAUCUGAGGAUCUUCGAUAUCGAAUUGACACGUCUCAGAGUACUAUGAUGAGCUCAUUGGAGAGAAGUCUGGAAAUUGGAGCCACCCGGUCCGAUGGGCUUAGUGAUAAUGAGAUGAGAGUUCAGGCGGUCAAAAUGAGCAUCAAAACGCACAGGAGAACCGGAUCGAAUCCACAAGCCCUAAUCCACCAAUGCAUCGACGAAUACACCACCUCUGCAACAGAUGAUAGUGACGAUGCCGGAGCAGUCCGAAUUUAAACCCCGCCCACCAAUAUUUGUAGUUUUUGUAGUAUCCCUUCCUCCACAUCUCAAUUUGUUCAUUCAUUCCAGAGCUAUUUUUGCCAUUUUCAAAGUACUUACAGUAGUCCCUAUGUCCCUGUAAACUCUAGUUUUGUAGAACGAAUCCCAGUGAACACCGGUUCCUAUUUUUGAAUAUUUUUUGAAUAUUUUUGAGUAAGAAAAUACAUAUAAUUUUUGUGUAAAAAUACAUAUAUCGAUUAUUUUUGUUUAUUAGUAUUAUUAUUUUAAUAUAAAACAAUUUUGAAAUAAUUAAAACAAACAAAAAAAAAUCAAUAAACCUAUUAUAU